AUGGUUGGGAAGUCCCUGAUUGCUGGCCUGGUGGUCCUUCUGGUGGCUGCAGUGAGCCUGUUCCUGGGGGUGUUCAUGGGCCUGGGGAAGAAAAACACGCCUCCCCCCUCGGACCACUUCUUCUCAAAGGCUGCUGUGGCUGCUGAUGCUGGGAAGUGUUCAGAAGUGGGGAGGGACAUCCUGAAGAAAAACGGUUCAGCCGUGGAUGCUUCUAUCGCUGCCUUGCUAUGUGUCGGCCUUUUGAACGCUCACAGCAUGGGCAUCGGAGGAGGGCUCUUCUUUGUCAUCUAUAACGCUUCCACAGGGAGGGUGGAAACAAUCGAUGCGAGGGAGACGGCACCCAUGAACGCCACUGAAGACAUGUUUGGCAACAACACCAAGCUUUCUCGUACAGGUGGAUUGUCCAUAGCCAUUCCCGGGGAGAUCCGCGGUUAUGAGAUGGCACACAAGAGGCAUGGCAAGCUGCCAUGGAAGGACCUGUUUGAGCCCAGCAUCGCCUUGGCUCGCGAUGGCUUUCCUAUAGGAAAAGCUUUGGCUCAUGCCAUCUUCAAGAGCAAGGAUUCCAUUGAAGCAGACGCCAACAUGUGUGAUGUGUUUUGUGAUUCCGAAAGAAACAUCCUGAAGGAAAAUGAUAUUGUUAAAUUUCCAAAGCUGGCUGAAACAUACCAAAGAAUAGCAGAAGAGGGACCUGAUGUGUUUUAUAACGGGUCAAUGGCGCAGAGCAUCGUCGAGGACAUCCAGGCAGCAGGUGGCAUUAUCACCCUGGAUGAUUUAUUGGAGUACCAACCUGUGCUGAACGAGAACCCUCUGAGCCUGAACGUUGGAGAAUACACCAUGCAUGUCCCAGACGCCCCCUCCAGUGGCCCUGUGCUGGCACUCAUACUCAACAUAGUGGAUGGGUACAACUUCACAGACACAAGUGUCUCUACAGCAGAGAAAAAGACUCUGACGUACCAUCGCAUCGUAGAGGCUUUUCGCUUUGCUUAUGCCAAGAGGAGCAGACUCGGGGACCCACGUUAUCUUAAUAUUACCGAUCUCAUCCAAAACAUGACCUCAGACUAUUUUGCUGAUGGCAUAAGGAGUAAAAUAACAGACGACACCACCCACCCAGACAGCUACUAUGAGCCAGACUACUUUGUCCCAGACAACCACGGCACGGCUCACCUGUCGGUCAUAGCUGAGGAUGGAAGCGCUGUGGCUGCCACCAGCACCAUUAACCUAUACUUUGGCUCCAAAGUCAUGUCUCGAUCGACUGGAAUAAUUUUCAACGAUGAAAUGGAUGACUUCAGCUCUCCACACAUAACCAAUGGGUUUGGAAUCCCUCCUUCACCAAACAAUUUCAUUCAACCAGGCAAGAGGCCGCUGUCUUCCAUGUGUCCUACUAUCAUCUUUGACAAAGAAAACAGAGUCAAAAUGGUUGUAGGAGCGUCAGGGGGCACAAAAAUCACCACAGCCACUGCCUUGGUCAUCCUGAACUCCUUGUUUUUCAACUACGACCUAAAGAAAGCCGUGACAGAGCCGCGCGUUCACAAUCAGCUCAACCCAAAUAUGACAGUAGUGGAGCAGGGCUUUGAAAAGAGUGUCCUGGAGGGUCUGGUCCAGAAGAACCACGUAACACAGCUGCUGGGGACUCCAGACUCCGUGGUCCAGGCGGUGGUGCGGCAGGGAGAGCGUCUCUGUGCGGAGUCUGACCCCAGGAAAGGAGGCUAUCCAGCGGGAUACUGACCACGACUUAAGGCCCUUCUCUGCUGCUCCCAGUCUGGACAUUCUCCUCAAAGACACUCGGACAAAGCCACAAUACAAGUGCCUGCACUGAAGACUCAAAGCAGUGUUUAAGCUAUGGAGAUACAGCCACCACUCCUUCUCUGAGACAUGGAAAAUGACUCCAUUCCAAAACCUCUUUUACUCAAACUCAAUCAUUCAGCAUUACUUAUUGUUUUGGCAUUACUUUUGAGUUUUGAAGUAAAAUCAGAGGUUGCACCAAGUUUGACUCCUGUAUCAUCACUACUGGAUCCCGGUCAAGAAGGUGAUGUUUUGGGGGAAGCCCAAAACACAUCUGCUUUAUAUAUUAAACUUAUUUUAUGUACGACACAGUAUCCACCAUAUUAAAAACCACCAAGUAAGUACCAAUAAUUAGGCAAAUGAUAAUAUAAUAACACAUGUUCUUAAGUUUCAUCACUAUGUUUUAGGUGAUAAUCUGAGUGGUUGUAGGUUGUCCGUGUAGUAUUUUCAUUUCUUUUAUUGUUUAAGGAAAAAACUAUUGUGAAUAAUUGGACAAUUUGUCUAUAAGGGGGUGAGGGGGUGUUUGUCUUCAUGUCAAACUGGUGAAAAACCAUCAAUUAAAGACUAGACCUGCGAGGUAGGUCUAGGUAGGUAUACCUAUUAAAAAUAAAGGACACCUCAGGUCGUCUGCCUGUUUUAGCAAAAUGUCUACCUACAUCUUUCUCCUGAUGGUAGAGUAUCCUGAAAUGAACAUUAUUUAGAGGAAACUGACCGUGUUGUUUUCUACCGUGACUCUAUAUUGGAGCUAUUACUUAUGAAUUGUAAAUGUUUAAUAUCGAGUAGAGGUUAAGUGAAUGUAUAGUGUAUUCUGAAAAAUACAUUUGCAGAUAUAUUUUUCUAAACAUGCAUUGUUCUUAUGCCAUGUUUGUUGCCAUGCUUGUUAUUAAACAUUUUGAACAAAGAUGUUAUAUUUUACCAUAUGGACCCUCUGGGUAUUUCUGUGCUGUUUCUGUACUGGAAUAUUAGGCACAAAAUCACUUUAUCUUAUCUUUUAA